CACCGGACUGGUUCCGCCGCCAUUGCAGGUUGAAAGCGUUCCUCGCAGCGGCGAUUGACAUUCUGGAGUUGAAGCACCUCAUUUACAUUCAACGGGCGAUUAGAGUAACCCAACACAUUCCCGGCUCAUCUUGCCCUCCCAAAAAACAAACAAAAGAGCACCUCCAUUCAUCCCCGGAUCUGGAGUAGUUUAGAUUAGGUAGAAAUAAUAGAAGGAAUUAGAGAGGAACCACCACCAUCAUCAUGGCUCAAAUCCUGCCCAUCAGAUUCCAGGAGCACCUGCAGCUCCAAAAUUUGGGGAUCAACCCAGCCAACAUCGGGUUCAGCACCCUGACGAUGGAGUCAGAUAAGUUCAUCUGUGUCCGGGAAAAGGUUGGAGAACAGGCGCAGGUGGUGAUCAUUGACAUGGCGGACCCAAACACCCCCAUUCGCAGGCCCAUCUCUGCAGACAGCGCCAUCAUGAACCCUGCAAGCAAAGUCAUAGCACUUAAAGCUGCCAAAACCCUUCAGAUCUUUAACAUUGAGAUGAAGAGUAAGAUGAAAGCACACACCAUGACCGAUGAUGUCACUUUCUGGAAGUGGAUCUCUCUUAACACGGUUGCCCUGGUGACCGAUAACGCAGUCUAUCAUUGGAGCAUGGAGGGAGACUCUCAGCCGGUCAAAGUGUUCGACAGACAUUCCAGUCUGGCAGGCUGUCAAAUCAUCAACUACCGCACCGAUGCCAAACAGAAGUGGCUGCUGCUCAUUGGCAUUUCUGCUCAGCAAAACAGAGUUGUUGGUGCCAUGCAGCUGUACUCGGUUGACAGGAAGGUGUCACAGCCUAUUGAGGGUCAUGCCGCUGGCUUUGCCCAGUUCAAAAUGGAGGGAAACACCGAAGAAUCCACUCUUUUCUGUUUUGCUGUGCGAGGUCAGGCAGGAGGAAAGCUUCACAUCAUUGAAGUUGGGACACCACCAUCCGGCAACCAACCAUUCCCAAAGAAAGCUGUGGAUGUGUUCUUCCCUCCCGAAGCACAGAAUGACUUCCCAGUGGCCAUGCAGAUCAGCUCCAAACAGGACGUUGUCUUUCUAAUCACCAAAUAUGGUUACAUUCAUCUGUAUGACCUGGAGACGGGCACCUGCAUCUACAUGAACCGAAUCAGUGGUGAAACCAUUUUUGUGACUGCACCUCAUGAAGCUACAGCAGGAAUCAUUGGCGUCAACAGAAAAGGACAGGUAUUGUCCGUGUGUGUCGAGGAGGAAAACAUCAUCCCAUAUAUUACUAAUGUGCUGCAGAAUCCAGACCUGGCAUUACGAAUGGCGGUCCGAAAUAAUCUAGCAGGCGCCGAGGAGUUGUUCGCGCGCAAAUUCAACAACCUCUUCGCUGCAGGAAACUACUCAGAGGCAGCUAAAGUGGCCGCUAAUGCACCAAAGGGUAUUUUGCGCACUCCUGACACCAUCCGCCGCUUCCAGAGCGUCCCGGCCCAGCCCGGCCAGACAUCCCCGCUACUGCAGUAUUUCGGGAUCCUGUUGGACCAGGGCCAGCUCAACAAGUAUGAGUCUCUGGAGCUAUGCAGACCCGUCCUCCAGCAGGGCCGCAAACAACUGCUCGAGAAAUGGCUGAAGGAAGAUAAGCUUGAAUGCUCAGAGGAGUUGGGAGACCUGGUAAAGUCUGUGGACCCCACUCUUGCACUCAGUGUCUAUUUGAGGGCCAAUGUUCCCAACAAAGUCAUUCAGUGCUUUGCAGAAACCGGCCAGUUCCCCAAGAUCGUCCUGUAUGCCAAAAAGGUGGGUUACACUCCAGACUGGAUCUUCCUGCUUAGGAACGUGAUGCGGAUCAGUCCGGAUCAGGGUCUACAGUUCGCUCAGAUGCUGGUUCAGGACGAGGAGCCGCUGGCUGACAUCACACAGAUUGUUGAUGUGUUUAUGGAAUAUAACCUGGUCCAGCAGUGCACUUCUUUCCUUUUGGAUGCUCUGAAAAACAACCGCCCAUCAGAAGGGCCGUUGCAGACCCGUCUGCUGGAGAUGAAUCUAAUGCAUGCACCACAGGUUGCUGAUGCCAUCCUUGGAAACCAGAUGUUCACUAACUAUGAUCGCCCCCACAUCGCCCAGCUGUGUGAGAAAGCAGGGCUUCUGCAGAGAGCUUUGGAACACUAUACCGACCUGUACGACAUCAAGCGAUCUGUCGUUCACACGCACCUGCUCAACCCAGAGUGGCUGGUGAACUACUUUGGCUCUCUGUCAGUGGAGGACUCUCUGGAGUGUUUGAGAGCCAUGCUGUCUGCUAAUAUCAGGCAGAACCUUCAGAUCUGCGUCCAGGUGGCGUCCAAGUAUCACGAGCAGCUGUCUACCCAGUCCCUCACUGAGCUUUUCGAGUCUUUCAAGAGUUUUGAGGGUUUGUUCUACUUCCUCGGCUCGAUUGUGAACUUCAGCCAGGACUCAGAGGUUCAUUUCAAAUACAUCCAAGCUGCAUGCAAGACAGGCCAAAUCAAAGAGGUGGAGCGGAUCUGUCGCGAAAGCAACUGCUACGACCCUGAACGUGUCAAGAACUUCCUCAAGGAGGCUAAACUCACUGACCAGCUGCCUCUCAUCAUCGUGUGCGAUCGAUUCGACUUCGUCCAUGACCUAGUACUCUACUUGUACCGAAACAGCCUGCAGAAGUACAUUGAAAUCUACGUGCAGAAGGUAAACCCAAGUCGUCUGCCGGUGGUCAUUGGGGGUCUUCUGGAUGUUGACUGCUCUGAGGACGUCAUCAAGAACCUGAUCCUUGUUGUUCGGGGCCAGUUUUCAACAGAUGAGCUGGUAGCAGAGGUGGAGAAGAGAAACAGACUGAAGCUGUUGUUGCCUUGGCUCGAGUCUCGUAUCCACGAGGGCUGUGAAGAGCCAGCUACCCACAAUGCCCUGGCUAAGAUUUACAUCGACAGCAACAACAACCCAGAACGCUUCCUGCGGGAGAACCCAUACUAUGACAGCCGCGUGGUGGGGAAGUACUGUGAGAAAAGAGACCCUCAUCUGGCCUGUGUGGCAUAUGAGAGAGGACAGUGUGACCAGGAGCUCAUCCAUGUGUGCAAUGAGAACUCCCUGUUCAAGAGCUUGUCUCGUUAUCUGGUGCGCCGCAGAGACCCGGAUCUCUGGGCCAGUGUGCUUCUGGAGACCAACCCUUUCAGGAGGCCUCUUAUUGACCAGGUGGUGCAGACGGCCCUGUCAGAGACUCAGGACCCAGAGGAGGUGUCAGUCACAGUCAAGGCCUUCAUGACCGCUGACCUGCCCAAUGAACUCAUUGAACUGCUGGAAAAGAUUGUCCUGGACAACUCAGUUUUCAGUGAACACAGAAACCUGCAGAACCUGCUCAUCCUUACAGCCAUCAAAGCUGACCGCACACGCGUCAUGGAAUACAUCAACCGCCUGGACAAUUACGACGCCCCAGAUAUCGCUAACAUUGCCAUCAGCAGUGAGCUGUUCGAGGAGGCCUUUGCUAUCUUCAGAAAGUUUGAUGUCAACACCUCUGCAGUUCAGGUUCUGAUCGAACAUAUUGGUAAUUUGGAUCGGGCGUAUGAGUUUGCAGAGCGCUGUAAUGAACCUGCAGUGUGGAGCCAGCUGGCUAAGGCUCAGCUGCAGAAGGGUCUGGUCAAAGAAGCCAUUGACUCCUACAUCAAGGCUGAUGACCCCUCUGCUUACAUGGAGGUGGUUCAGGCUGCUGACCAGAGUGGUAACUGGGAGGACCUGGUGAAGUUUCUACAGAUGGCCAGAAAGAAGGCCAGAGAGUCAUAUGUGGAGACUGAGCUGAUAUUUGCACUGGCCAAAACCAACCGUCUCGCCGAACUGGAGGAGUUUAUAAAUGGGCCAAAUAAUGCACACAUACAGCAGGUUGGUGAUCGUUGCUAUGAUGAGAAGAUGUAUGAUGCAGCCAAGCUUCUCUACAAUAACGUCUCAAACUUUGGCCGCUUGGCUUCCACACUGGUUCACCUGGGCGAGUAUCAGGCCGCUGUGGAUGGUGCCCGAAAGGCUAAUAGCACCCGCACAUGGAAGGAGGUGUGCUUUGCAUGUGUGGAUGGAAAAGAGUUUAGACUGGCUCAGAUGUGUGGCCUUCACAUUGUGGUCCAUGCUGAUGAACUUGAAGAGCUCAUCAACUUCUAUCAGGACCAUGGGUACUUUGAGGAGCUGAUCACCAUGCUGGAGGCAGCACUGGGGUUGGAGCGUGCUCACAUGGGCAUGUUCACCGAGCUGGCCAUCCUGUAUUCUAAAUUUAAACCACAAAAAAUGAGGGAACACCUGGAACUCUUCUGGUCCAGAGUCAACAUUCCAAAGGUGCUUAGGGCAGCAGAGCAGGCUCACCUGUGGGCAGAACUUGUGUUUCUCUAUGACAAAUAUGAAGAGUUUGACAAUGCCAUCAUCACCAUGAUGAGCCAUCCCUCAGAUGCCUGGAAAGAAGGACAGUUCAAGGACAUCAUCACAAAGGUGGCCAAUGUGGAACUGUACUACAAAGCAAUCCAGUUUUAUCUGGAGUUCAAGCCCUUGUUACUAAACGAUCUGCUCAUAGUUCUUUCCCCAAGACUGGAUCACUCACGGGCCGUCAACUUCUUCAGCAAGGUUAAGCAGCUUCCUCUCGUGAAGCCUUACCUUCGAUCAGUACAAAACCACAACAACAAGUCUGUCAAUGAAGCACUUAACAACCUCUUCAUCUCAGAGGAAGAUUAUCAGGCACUCAGGACAUCUAUAGACGCAUACGAUAACUUCGACAACAUCUCGUUGGCUCAGCGUCUGGAGAAACACGAGCUGAUCGAGUUCAGGAGGAUCGCUGCUUACCUCUUCAAGGGCAACAACCGAUGGAAACAGAGCGUGGAGCUGUGCAAGAAAGACAAACUCUACAAGGAUGCUAUGCAGUAUGCGUCGGAAUCGAAGGACACUGAGCUGGCAGAGGAGCUUCUGCAGUGGUUCCUACAGGAAGACAAGAAAGAGUGUUUCGCCGCCUGCCUCUUCUCCUGCUACGACCUGCUCAGGCCUGACGUGGUUAUGGAGACGGCAUGGAGGCACAACAUCAUGGACUUUGCCAUGCCUUACUUCAUCCAGGUGAUGAGGGAAUACCUCAGCAAGGUGGAUAAGCUAGAGACCUCUGAGUCUUUAAGGAAAGAGGAGGAGCAGGCGACAGAGACUCAACCCAUUGUUUAUGGCACACCUCAGCUGAUGCUGACAGCAGGCCCCAGUGUGGCCGUCCCCCCACAGCAGCCCUACGGCUAUGGGUACACAGCAGCACCCGGGGGCUACCCCCAGGCUCCUCAGGCCCAGCCAGGUUUCGGUUAUGGCGUGUAAGGACAUGUCACUUCCGUUUUCUCCCUCUCCCUGCUGCCGCUUGGUUCGGUCCAGCAUCCUUACCUCUCCCGCAGUCCUCCACCUGUCCGACUCUACCACUUUUUGCUUAUAAAGGAUUUGAGCAAAUGUUUUACUUUUUACUUUUUUUUUUAUAUAUAUAUAUAUUGUUCUUGUUUUCUUUAUACCAUCAUGAAGGACUUUAUUACUAUAUUGUCAGAUUUCAUCAAGGAUUAUUUUUUUCACAUUCCAAAUAUCUACUAAAUUUAAUUUUGUCACUUUUAUCUGUCGAAUUAAGGGGAAUGGUGUGUGUACAAUGAGAAGACUUGUGGGAGAAGCAAGUCAGCUUAAUUAAAAAUACAAACAAUCUGAUUUGCACUCGAUGACAACCAAUGUAUCACUUAAUUUCGAUGUGUCAACAGUUGUUCAGUCUGUCUGCAUUUAACUGUUGUAUAUUCCAGGAAAGAAAAUAAAGGAAUGUUUGAAAGUGUAACUACCGCUUCCACAAACAAACACUAAUUCAUACCAGUAAUUCCAUGGGGGUGUGUAGCUCUCAAUAUAUAUAUAAAGUUUAUUUGAAAUUCAUUCAUGCAAUUUUUAUUUGUUCACCUAUGCAGGUUCUCCAGAUAAAUUGUCUUGUCAUUUUGUUAUCCAUAUGAAAGACAUACUUUCUGUUGUGUAGUAACCCGUGCUCAUUGUGUGGACCAUUUGAGGGGGGAUAAUAAUUAAAAUAUAUAUAUAUAUAUAUAGAUAGAUAUAUGCGGCUGUCCACACCUGUGUGUAUUUUACUAACCUUACCUCUCUGUGCUGCAGUGUGUGUGUGUAUGCUGAUUGUUGUGAUGUUUAGGUCACUGGAACCGAAGUGAGAAUAGAAAGCCAGUUUAUCCUGCCAGUUAUGUCCAAUUACUUAACUCAAUUGACCUUUUAUUUGAAAAGAGAAAUCAUGAAUGGAAAUUUGGUAAAAAAAAAAAUAAAAAAAAAGAACUUCCUGUGUGUCCUAUACUCUGAUUUGACUGAGUUCAGAUUGAUCAUACACGUACUGUAGUGAUCUGAUUGUGCUCAAAGAACAACCCCCCCCCCCCCCAAAUAAAUAAAGG